CUGCCCGCAGCCCGAGGGCUGCCCGCAGCGGGGCGGGGGGCUCCGGCCAUGGCUUUUACCAUGCUGCGUCCCAUGGCUGCCCGCGUGCUCUACCCCGACAUCGGCAUGCUGUCGGAGGACGAGGAGAACCGCAGCGAGAGCGACACGUCGGACCAGUCGUACGGCUGCUGCGAGGGCGCGGAGGCGAGGCGCAAGGUGCCCAGGAAGACGGGGCCCAUGGUGAUGGUGAAGCAGCGGCAGGCGGCCAACGCGCGUGAGCGGGACCGGACCCAGAGCGUCAACACCGCCUUCACGGCCCUGCGGACCCUCAUCCCCACCGAACCCGUGGAUCGGAAGCUGUCCAAGAUCGAAACGCUGCGCCUGGCCUCCAGCUACAUCUCGCACCUGGCCAACGUGCUGCUGCUGGGCGAGGGUUGCGAGGACGGGCAGCCCUGCUUCAGUGCCAUCUACGGGGCCAAGGGCGAUCUGGACAGCAAACAGCCUCGCAGCAUCUGCACCUUCUGCCUCAGCAACCAGCGGAAAGGGGGCGGCCGCAGGGACCUCGGGGGCAACUGCCUGAAGGUGAGGGGGGUGACCCCGCUGCGGGUGGCACGGAGAUGA